UUAGUGUUUAUUAAUUACUAUUUUAAUUAUAUUUUUAAAAUUUAAUAUUUAAAAAUAUAAGUGAGUUACUUUCUAAGCCUAUAUUGUGUUUUUAUAUUGUAAAUUAUAAUAGGCAUAAGUGAAUAAUUAAUAUUAUUGAAAAAAUUAAAAAUCUUGAAGACAUACCUCAAAAGAGUUGAAAUAUUCCCAAUCAAUUGAAAUAAUAACUUUUUGAGGUUAUUUAUUAAAGUACUCAGAAUGGCUAAUGGAACUAUUACAGGUUUUCAAGACUUUAUAACUGAUGUGAAAAUUAAAAUGUUCACAAUUUUUGGUCAAGAAUUAAAAUUUGAUAAAGAAGCAGACUCUUGGCUGUUUAUGCCCACACCAUGGCCUGUAUUGUCAAUUAUAAUGAUUUAUUUAUUGUUUGUAUUAAAUGUUGGACCAAAAAUGAUGAAAAACCGUAACCCUCCAAAUUUAAAAUACAUUAUUUUAGUUUACAACAUAAUUCAAAUUUUACACAAUGGAUACAUGGUUUCAACAAUAUUUUACCCUGGUAUAGCUUCAACUAUAUUCGGGAGUUUAUGUGUACCAUAUGUAGAAAAUGAAAACCCACAUUUGUUUCACAUGUUUUUAGAGUAUUCGUGGCAUUUUUUCAUAUCAAAAAUUAGUGAUCUCAUGGACACAGUAUUUUUUGUGCUUAGAAAAAAACAAUCACACGUAACAUUUUUACAUACAUACCAUCAUGUGAACAUGGUUAUUACUACUUGGGCACAUUUAAGAUACAUUAAAGGUUAUCAAGGUGUUUUUUAUGGAUUAAUAAACUCAUUCAUUCAUAUGGUUAUGUACACAUACUACUUUUUAUCAGCUCUAGGACCUCAAAUGCAAAAAUAUUUGUGGUGGAAAGUAUAUUUGACCCAGUUACAGAUGGUUCAAUUUAUAAUAAUGUUGAUCUAUGGUGUAUACUUGUAUUUAAACGAUUGUAAAUUCCCAAAGAUAUUUACCAUUUAUAUAGCAGCCGAUUUAUUACUAUUUUUGUACUUAUUUAUGAUGUUUUAUCGAAGAAUAUACAAUAAAAAAGGAAAAAUUGAAUAGUUUCAACAAACACUAUACAGUACUUUUAUUUAAAUUCUAUUUUAUAUUAUUUAUUUAAUAAUAUUUUAUUUAAAUAUUUGUUACUUUUUAAAUGUUAGGGUAUAAUUAAUAGUAUAUUUUAUUUAAUGUACCAAUUGGUUUAAAAAUAUUUUUACCUUUUUUUUUAUACACAUUUUUCAUUAUUAAUACUCAUAUAAUACUAAUUAAUUUGAAAUUUGUUUUGUUAAAAAGUACAAUAAAAAUACAUUGCUGUUUUACUGAAAAAAAAUAUCAAUAAGAAAAUUAUUCUUUCAAUAUGUGAUAUGAUUAUACGGAAAAAAAAUGAAAACGUGGAUCAAGUAUAUUCACAAAAUACGUGUUAUGAUAUUUUCUAUAAGUACUUGAUGAACAACUAUAAUUUAAUUUUUCGCUAAUUUGUUAAUAUACAGUUGUUGGUAAUAAUUAACUAAACUUUUAAAUCA